GUCGCCCUACACCUGCACACAAGACGGAGAGGUAUGCUGGGACGCAGCAGACUUAAUCGAGCAUUUCCAUGACCGACACACGCACUGCAUUCGGCGGCCUUCUUCAGGGGUUGCAUGGGGUUAUGGCUCCGAUAGCCAUGGGCAUGUCUGGUAUUGCUUUGAAUGCGACCGGGGUAUCAAAGACCACCGCAGUUUUGACUCCGAUCGUGCGAUGCUGGAUCACUUGCGGGAUUGCCAUGGAGACUUGAUGGAUUUAGUUCUGGAGAUCUAGCACAUGCUGCGUACAAGGUGAACGCGAUGUGUAAGUGCUGUUAUGUGUCCGUGUCUGCCCAUCUCUCGGACUGGGGAUUGACAUCACGCAUCGUGUUCGAUUGAGAACGUCUAAUAUCACUUAUCACGGUCGAACUCCUUGGACAAUGGCAGGACUCACGGGCCCCCCAGGCUUCGCUAACUGUCGGGUUCCAUGCGAAGUUAUUUUCCAACAGGGUCUACGAGCGCAUCGGUCUUCAUCAUAUUAUACCCAUUUCUUCGGUUCUGCUGCUGGAACCACAAAUUGCACAGGCAAGCGGAAGCGUUGUAUAUAUACUCGCACACACGUGCGUAUCAGGAUAUUGAACUUGCAACCCCGUGGCCGCGCCUUACUACCAUC